AUGAAGGACGGGGUGGCCAUUACCGAGAAUAACCGGAUCCAGUUCAGCAGUGGCGAUAGUGCCUACAGAAUGGGAGUCAUUGGAGCGACACAGGCCGACUCCGGGAAAUACUCCUUCGUUGUCGCCGGAAACCACGGAGGGGACAUUGAUGGUGGAUGGAGUGGGUGGGCGGUGUGGACGCAGGGCUGCUCGGCCGACUGCAGUUCGGCCACCGGCACGGACACGCGGACCAGGACCUGCACCAACCCAGCUCCGGUCAAUAACGGAAGCACUUGUGCCGGGGACUCUGAGGAGCAGAGAACCGUUCAGUGUGACACUUCCACUUGUGUGAGCUUCACCACGCAGCUGAACAACGUCACUGUCCAGAGUGGAAGCGACUUCACUCUGACCGCCGGUGUCAGCGGGACGACCACAUCGGCCGGAGAGUGGUCGAUGGGAGGCAAGGUUCUCGCGGAGAGCGACAGGAUGAAGUUUGGUCAGGAUGGUUCCGGGAAAUAUACCCUGAAUGUGACCGGGGCGACCUUCGCAGACGACGGGGAAUACACUUUCACUAUUGGAGGGAAAUCCACAAAAGGCACAGUGACAGUAGUAGGUGAGUCCCGAUGUGGAGUCGACGGCGGCUGGGACGCAUGGACUACCUGGCAUGUCGUCAGCUGUUCAGCCACGUGCGGCGUGAACGUGGCCGGCGUGUCGAGACGUGUCCGUUACUGCGACAAACCAACGCCAAGAAAUGGCGGGAAAAACUGUGAAGGGGAGAGAAUAGACAGAAACACUACCAUUUGUGACCUUCCAGAGUGUAUCAUUCUCAGCGGGCUUCAGAACCUUACGCUGCGAGCCGGCCAAGUGAUGACAAUGAACGCCGUCACCAAAGCGUCAGCGACGGGAGCAGCAGAGUGGUACCGCCACGGCCACCUUCUCCAUAACAGCAGCAGGGUGGGCAUCGCCAAAGACAACGCCAACCACACUUUGACCCUCCACGAGCUCACAGUUGGUGACACUGGCACAUACACAUUUAGUAUAGAGGGGCAGACCGCAGAGGGGCAUCUGGUUGUUGUAGCUGAUGGAGGCUGGAGCGUCUGGACGAGCUGGAGGAGAGCGUGUAGCGCCACCUGUGGGAACAACCUCCAAGGGACACGGGAAAGAAACCGGACCUGUGAUAACCCAGCACCAGCUAAUGGCGGCAUUGACUGUGCAGGAAGCGCAUCCGAAAACCUCACCGCGGUGUGCAACCUGGGACCCUGUGAAACUGGACCUGUUGACGGAGGCUGGGAUGAUUGGACGAAUUGGCGCACCACGACGUGUUCGGCUACUUGUGGUGACAACGUUGCCGGUGAAUUGCGACGUGUCCGGUACUGCGACCAUCCCAAACCCCGGAACGGCGGGGCUCAGUGUGUUGGGGAGCGGGUACAGACCAACGCCACCAUCUGCUCCACGCUGCCCAAGUGUUUAAUUCUGGUUGGGCUCAAGAAUGUAACGCUUCGGUCUGGGGAGAAAUUAACCCUGACCGCUGACGUGGACGAGAGCGUCCACUCCAAGGCGGAAUGGCUCCAGAAGGGCACCGCUCUUCACCCCAGCACGAGAGUGAAGAUCUACCACGACAAGGGCAACAACACCAUGACUCUAGACUCAAUGGACGGCGGCUGGGGUGCCUGGACGGAGUGGGUGGGGUCGUGUACUGCUACCUGUGGGGACAACAUCACCGUGCCGAGGAAGAGGAAUAGAACCUGUGACAACCCCACACCUGCACGUGGCGGGAACGACUGUGCUGGUGAUGCCACUGAGGAGACGACAUUACCAUGUGACGUGCCGUCCUGUGUUCCCAAUAUUAACGGAGGCUGGAGUGUAUGGUCGGCGGCGACGAGGGCCUGUAGUGCCACGUGCGGUCGGUCUGUGAGUGGGACGGACACGAGGACACGGACAUGUACCAACCCUGCUCCCAGUGGCACCGGCAGUCCAUGUGCCGGAGCUGCAAUCAACGGGGGAUGGAGCGUGUGGACGACAUGGACGAGAGUGUGUGACGCCACCUGUGGUCUAGCGGUCAGCGGGACAGACACGAGGUCGCGGACAUGUACCAACCCUGCCCCAGCCGGUACAGGCAGUCCUUGUGAAGGGGGACGAACCCAGACAAACAGCAUCACCUGUCCGCUUCCAGAAUGUCCAGGUGAGAUGUCUUAUGCUAUCAAAUUAUCAAGGUCGGAUGCCAUCUGCCCUGGCUGUCGGAAUGUCCAUGUAAGACGUGUUACCCCUGGCUGUGAGAAUGUCCAGGCAAGACGUGUUACCUGUGGUUGUCAGCUGCAGAAUGUCCAGAAUGUCCAGGUUCUGUGCGACUCCCUCUCUGAUAUUCGUGUAUUUUCAGUUGUUUUCAGGCAAGGCUUGCAAGAUGUCCGCAUCCCUGCUGGGGAAACUGUAGCGUUGUCAGCACAGUUGACCACAGCCGGACACACGGGCUGGACCUGGCAGAAGAACGGGGUAGCUCUCACGGAGGGGGACAAUGUCAAGUUUUCCGAAAACGGUGAUACAUACGGGCUAACUAUGACUGGGGCAGGAGUGGCCGACUCAGGGACGUAUACCUUCACAGUCGGAGGAAAGAAGUCGGAGGCGACAGUCACAGUGUUUGGUAAGAUGUAUGUCAUGGUGUGA